AUGCAGUUGUUUCCCGCUUUUCUUUCUUUUUUUUCGAGUGGCCUUGUUGGUGUCGCCGUUGUGCUUGCCAAGAAGAAGAAGUCAGGCAAGGCCAAGCAGCCUGCCGCCAAUGAUGCUGCGGGCGCUGGGGAUCAAGAUGAUCUCCAAGGGCUCUCCCCGGACGAGAUGCAAGCCACCAUCAUUCGACUACGCGAAGAGGUGAAUAAGGAGCGCGAGGAGCGCAACUAUUUUCAGCUCGAACGCGACAAGAUCAACACGUUCUGGGAAAUUACCAAGAAGCAAUUGGCCGAAGCCCGCGCAGAAAUGCGGAACAAGGAUCGUGAGCUUGAGGAAGCCGAGGAAAAGCAUGCCGUGGAGAUCAAGGUCUACAAGCAAAAGGUGAAGCAUCUGUUAUAUGAGCACCAGAACCAAAUCGCAGAGCUACGGACAGAAGCUGCGCUCGCCAAGAAGCUGGUGCAAGACGAGUUGCGGGAGGAAGCAGCCGGCCUGCGCAAUGAAAAGCGUUCUUUGCGCGUGGAGCUGAAGGAGCUGCAGAUCAAUCAGCACCGUUCAUCACAACAUCAACGAUUGGACCAUGAUCGUGAUAAAACCCAGCUCUAUGAUCAGAUGCGACAGCAAGCACAGGACAUCCGGCGCAAAUACGAGCAGCAGCUAGAUCAUUUGCGCCGUGACCUCGACCUGCAGCGCCGUGUGGAGGUGCACGAGAUUGAGGAGCGCAAGAAUCUGCAGAUUACUGCACUCAUGCGCCAACAUGAGCAAGCCUUUGGUGACAUUAAAAAUUACUACAAUGAUAUUACCCUCAAUAACCUCGCCCUCAUCAAUUCUCUUAAGGAGCAGGUUGAGGGUAUGCGCACCAAGGAGCAGCGCACGGAAAAGCUCAUGGCAGAGCUGGUGUCAGAGAAUCGUCGCUUGAUUGAGCCAUUGAAGGCAGCCGAGGCGCGAGUGGUCGAGCUUACCAAGUCACUCGAGAAGCUCGAACACGACCGCGAAGCCUUGCGCUCUGCCAAGGUGCAGCUCAAGCUCAAGGAGGAUGAGCUGAAGCAGCUUUCUUGGGAGAACGAGGUGCUGCGCCAGCGCUUUCAGACGGUCGAGACGGAACGCGACGAUCUGUACGAUCGCUUUGUGCGCUCCAUCUACGAAGUGCAGCAGAAAACUGGCUUCAAGAAUCUGCUCCUGGAGAAGAAGUUGGAGACUCUUCAUGCCGAAUUGGAGACCAAGGAGGCACAACUUAACGAGGUGUUGGCAUCAAGCAGCCUCGAUCCCACAGCUGUAGCCGUGGUAACUCAGCGACUGGAGGACAUCAUGGAGUCGAAGAACGCCAUGAUCAAGUCGUUGCAGUUUGAGCUGGCGCGGGUCGCCAAGAUGCACAAUGAGACAGUGUCGGCCGUCAAGGUCAAGCUCAAUGAGGCUGGGUUGCCCAUCGAGGAACUGGGGUUUGAUUUGAAGGAUCUGUCGCUCAAGCAAGAUUUGGGUCGGGCGCCAGGUGGUCUGAGCACCAGCGCCUAAACUUGGGCGUUCUUGCUUUUGCUGUUUCUGAUGGUUUUUAAUCUGGUCUCUUUUCCACCGUUGUUGCUCUAACACGGAGCGGCCUUUGGAAUGUGGCCGACUUGCGCCCUCUGCUUCCAGACAUUGGGUUGACGCGUGCGUGUUGAGUGUAUCUGUGUUGUUGGACCUCCUAGAGGCAACACGAGUGUCCGACUUUGCGUGCUCGUUCUUGUCGUUGGAGUAUUACUCUGAUCGAUUGCUCCAUAAUCAACCCUGCCUGUGAGAUCAUGGGUCUGGCACAGUGCAGCUGUUGCCCAGCGUGUUUCUUUAGUAUUUUUGUUGUCAAAAUUGACAGUGACAUUGA